UCUGCUUUUAUUCCAAUUUUUGUCUCUCACCGGCGAGUGUGUGUGAGUGCGUGUAACCGGAAAACUGUAUAAAACAACGGAUCAACGGCGAAUCUCCGGCCAAUUUCACCACCGGAAUAUCAUAUUCCGGCUAACAGUCAACGACAGUUUCAGUACACGGUGUAAUAAUGAGUUGGGUUCAAAACGGGAAAAGUCGAAAUCCCGAGAAACCGAUUCCGGGAUGCUUGGGAAGAAUGGUGGGCUUGUUUGAUUUGAAUACUGGCGUGAGAGCGAAUAAGCUGCUUACAGAAAAACCGCAUCAUGAUGGUUCUCCAUUCUCUAGGAGGCAAUCAGAUGUGACGAGAACGAGUUUAGUUGAUGAUCAGAUGGACGAUAAAGAGAUUGUAUCCGACUCAAGAAAAUCAAACGGAACACCGAUAAAGAUGCUUAUCGCACAAGAAAUGUUAAAGGAAGACGAUUGCAAGCAAAGUCCAUCAAAUUUGGUUGCCAAACUAAUGGGGCUUGAUGCACUGCCAAAUCAGCAUCAACCCGGUUCCGCUUCACACAAAGACGUUUACGAAAUACGUGAAAAUGAUUCAUCACAAAAGUUGGCUCUCGUUCGGGAGAAAUUCAUGGAAGCGAAACGUUUAUCAACCGACGAUAAACUUCGCCAAUCGAAGCAAUUCCACGACGCAUUAGACGUUUUAAGUUCCAAUAGAGAUUCGUUUCUUAAGUUUCUACAAGAACCUAGUUCUUUAUUCUCACAGAAUCUAUAUGAUUUGCAGUCGGUCCCACCGCCUCCAGACUCCAGACGUAUCACAAUCCUUAAACCGUCCAAAUCGGUGGAUAAUGAAAAACAUGUUUGUAACGAAAACGGUUCCGAUAUAUCGUUUUCUCCCGAAUGUUGCAAUACGGUUGAUAAGCCUACACACCCAACUCGCAUUGUGGUACUGAAACCGAGCUCGUUGAAACCUCAUAACAUCAAAGUCGUUUCUUCAUCAACGUCACAUGACGAAACCCUAAAUUCUUCCGUUUUAUCAAACGGUUAUAUAGGUGAUGAUAGUUCAUAUUGUAAAUCGGAAAUUGAGAAUGUCAGUGAUUCCGAAGGUGUUUCACCGGCUUCUAGACACUCGUGGGAUUAUAUUAACCGGUUUAACAGCCAAUAUACCGCUUCAUCAAGUCGUACGUCUUACUAUCCUGAGUCAUCUGUUUGUAGGGAAGCUAAGAAACGUCUUUGCGAACGAUUCGCGAUGAUGUCAUCACAUAAGAACAUCCCUGAACAAAGAGAAAUUCAUAGAAGCUCAAGUACAUUGGGUGAUAUGCUUGCCCUUACUGAUUUAAAGAAAUCAGUAAAACCCGACGGAAAUGAUGAAGUUAAGAGUUCGAGAAAUCUUUCGAGAUCAAAGUCGGUUCCAGCUAGACUUGGUGUAGAAGUUUCAGUUUCGUUGAAUGGCAAAGCGGGUGACUCGAAAGAUGUGGUGAAGGAAAAGCUGGUUAAAUCGUCAUCUUUUAAGGGGCGAGUUUCGAGUUUGUUUUUUACGAAAAGUAAAAAAGCUAGUAAAGAGAAGUCCCACCAGCCUAACGAUGUACCUCAAUGUAGUGGAUUUUCUCCCAAACAUGUUGGUAAUGAAAGAUCUCAAUGCGCGAGUGAUAUGGUUAUUGAAGACGCAUCAUGUUCCGUUUUGAGAAAAAACAUAAGUUUACCAGAGGUGGGAUUUUCUUUCACAAAAUCUGAAUUUUCCGGAAACCAUAUUGAAAACCAGGACCAACCGAGCCCCAUUUCAGUUUUGGAGCCACAAUUUGAAGAAGAUGAACAGAGAACAAAUUGUCAUCAUAGUAUAAAGCCGCAUCAGCAUGGAAUAGAGCCGAUGAAAUACAACUUGAUCGAUAAAUCACCCCCCAUCGGAUCCAUAUCCCGAACUCUAUCGUGGGAUGAUUCGGUGGGGUCAUCCACACGUCACUCCAGUAAACCUUCAUCCACACCGCUAAACCCGGAUGAAGAAGAGCAAGAAUGCUUGUUCUACGUUCAAACCUUAUUAUCAGUAGCGGGCCUCGAUAAAAUACGGUCAAAUUCACUUUUAAGCAAAUGGCAUUCACCCGAAAACCCACUAGACGAGUCAUUGAGAUCCAAGUACAUGAACUUAAGUGAAAAAGAACCGAUAAUUAGCCAAACUAAAUUAACACAUCAUAGAGCAAUCACAAAACUCGUGUUUGACUGUGUCAACGAAGUUUUGAUGGAUAUCGCGAGCCGUGGGCCCUACACUGGGGCCCAUAGUGGGCUAGAUGACAUGGCGAUGUCGUCGAUGGUCUUGGUGGACUGCGUUUGGGGUCAAAUGAAGGGGUGGUUAUCGCGGGACGAAAGGUGUGACAUGGAGGAGGUGGAUGGCGGUAGCGUGGUGGUGGAGAGGGAGGUGAUGAGGGAGGUGGUGGGUAGGGGGUGGGUGGAGGGGUUGAGAAUUGAGAUAGAUAAUACAAGAAAGGAGAUAGAAAGGAAGUUGCUAGAGGAAUUGGUGCAAGAGUCUGUGUGGGAGAUGAUUGUUAGAGCUUGCUAGAUUAAAUUUUAAGUUUUUUUGGCUUCUAGUAGUAAUGAGAUUGUAACACAGUUGUUUGUGUACCAUCAAACAUUAUUAUAACGUCUUAAAAGUUUUAUUAAAAAUUGUACUUAUUUUACUCGCA